AUGCGAGUACAAAAUGGCGAAUUGUAUGGUGUGGAGAUUUUUCUAUUCACUGACAAUUCUACCGCCGAGAGCGUGUUCUACAAUGGGAACUCCUCAUCAAAAAGAUUAUUUCAUCUCAUACUAAGGUUGCGGCGAGUACAGCAGGAAGCUGACUUGAUCCUUCACCUCUUGCAUGUGUCGGGCAAGAGAAUGAUAGCGCAGGGUACGGAUGGCGGCUCAAGGGGAGAUUUGAACCAAGGGGUCAUGACGGGAGAAAAUAUGCUGAGUUAUGUACCUUUGCAUCUUUCUGCAGUGGAUAGAUCUCCGUCAGUGCUUGAUUGGAUGAGAAACAUAUGGGAGGAAAGAUUGGGAAAAUUGGAGCAUCUGGGAAUAGAUGAUUGGUUCACAAAGGGCCAUGGAAGAGGAAAUUUUCUGUGGACGCCCCCUCCGGCGGCCGCGGAUGUGGUGGCAGAGCAAGUAGGAGAGGCGAGGCAUAAGCACCCUGAAUCGUGCCAUAUUGCCAUCGUCCCACACCUUGGAGUUUGCGAGGAACAAAGUUAUUGGAAACAUUGGAGUGGCAACUGCGCGCUGUGCGGGAAUGCGGUGAAGAACGGAGAGGGGAACUUCUGCGGGAACUUUUCUUUCACACGUGGAAACUUUCCAGCAUGCCGGAAAGUGUGGUGUCCGAAAUGCUACACCGUCCCAGCUGGAAGUCCCUAUCCUAUAAGAACAGCAACUGAUGAAGACGGCUUUGAGGUAGCAAUGGAUGGAGAUGAAGAUAGAUUUCGAGUGUCCAGAGUCGGGGAUUUUUUGAUGACUCCAUUUCAGUGUGACAUUUGUCAUUUUAGAAACGUCAUGAAACGGAACCCAGAUAUUUGUAAUGAGAAGCAUAUGCUUUUCAUGCAAGACAUUCGCCACGCAAACAUAAAUGCCAAUUGGUCCCGCGAGUCAAGCACGGUCAAGGCAAAUUUUGCACAAGUAAAAAGACUGGAAAAGGUGGGUACCGAUAUGUUUGGAAUCCCAAGUGUAACCCCGGUAAUGGGCCCGUUUCCUUUGGAAGACACUUUCGGCAUGGCCAUCGCAGCUUGCCUACUUAGAAGAUCUCUGGACCCUGGCCGGAACGAAAACACCAUUCAGUUUGCCACAGCUCGGAGAUUCCGAUCCGCUUUCUCUAAUGCUGUUGGUGAAAUGGGAUCUUAA